AUGUUAAUAUCGGUGAUCACAAUAAUUGCGCUUUUAAAAAAUUCUUUACAACGAUUUCGGGGGCGUGGUUAUUCAAAUUCAUACCUUCCUUCAAUAAGUCGGGCCAAGGGAAUUAAAAUGAGUACCAAAUAUAUGGGGGAAAAAGCUGUCAAUACUACGUCAGAGGAAAUACCAAGCGAUGCAGUUUCCAAUUGUAGCAUCAUCAAUUUUAAAGCGGAUGAUAUUCAAUGUAGCUACGAAAUCGCAACAAGAAAUGUAAAUAUUGUGGUCAAUCCUGGCAAUCAUGACCAUGGUUCUUCAAAGGUCAAACUAAAGAACAUUGUGGAUUACAAGUGGGAAUUGAAGAACUAUCCUGGUCAUUUAAUAGCGGUACAUAUGGACGGAAAACAUAUUGCCUAUGUCAUAAACGUUAAUAACAAAGUAUCGCGUGUGGAGGGUAUGGUUCGUGUUGUAAAAGCUCAGACGGUAUUGCGAGCUCUCAUCAAGGGAAUGUCCGGUGAAGUCCUUGAUUUACAAUUCGCACAUAUAGAAAGAGAACGCAUACUAGCUUCAAUUGAUAUGAAUGCCCUAUAUAUACAUAAAAUAGACCUUGUCGAUGACAAUUUACAAUGCAGUUUGGUUGUCAAAAUAGAGGAUCCAUUGGCAAAUUAUACUCCAAAAUUUGACAAAAUAUCAUGGUGUCCUUUUAUUGAUGUUCCCGGUGAAGAUGAUGAAGAUAGUCAAUUAAUUGUGUGGGCGAGAGGUUCGACGUUACAAUGUUUUAAUAUAAAUGUUCUAAUAACAGAAUAUGGAAUGGGCGUUAUACAUCCAAAUGAUAUUUCUAUGGGUUAUCUUAAAGUCUACGAUGAAUUGAGUACCGUAAGUUGGGUAGCCCUUUCUCCUGAUGGAUCAACUUUAGGCGUUGCCAGUAUUGAUGGUGUCAUCCGUUUCUAUCAAGUUUAUAUGCACGACAAGGAGCCUCGUUGUUUACAUCAAUGGAAUCCUCAUAAUGGGAAACCUAUUUCCUCUUUCUUUUUCUUGGACAAUUUAACUAGGAAUGUUUCCGAAACUUAUUGGAAAUAUGCUAUCACAGGUGCUGCUAAUAAUACGGAAUUUAAGGUGUGGGAUUGCAGUACUUGGGAGUGUCUACAAUCACUUAACUUUACCACAGCAUCUGAAGAAACAAAAUUACCACGUUUUAUUGCCGAGAUUGAUCGAACAUCUUCAUAUUUGGUUAUUUCGAGUCUAGACACACGUACUUGUUACAUCAUGCAAAUUGUAAAUAACAGUAAUAUUUCAUUAGCUAAAGGAUCUGAUAGUGAGAGUAACAAUAAUUUGGCAAAUAUCAGCAUUAGUAGCAGUAGUAGUGUUGGUAGUUCCAAAUCUCAGUCGAAAAAUUUACGUCAUCUUGUAUAUAUAAAGAGCAUAUCUGAGUUUCCACUGAGUUCUGGAAUUCUAUCAUUUUCAAUAGUCGACGCGGCUGUAAGACGGUAUAAAUGUGGAAAUGAUAACUAUAUGUGCGAGGAAUUUGAUGACUACGAUGAAGAAACUAAUUCUACAUAUUGUGUAGUAGUGCGAAUGUUUAUCGUACAAUCGAAGAGCAUGCAGGAAUGUCGUAUAUUAUAUCAGCCAUCUGUUACUGAAAAUACAGAAGUGCGGAGCACUUUAUCCGAUGAUAGUGAUGGAGUAAGCGCUUCCCAAGAUUCGUCACUCUUAGAUAGUGUAAGAAGUUGCAUUAAUAGUGCUGGUGGUGUGAAAGUUGGUGCAAUCGGCUAUACAAAUAGUACGAAUUCGAAUAAUAUACAACACACUCUUAUAAAAACUGAACAAGUAGAUGAAGAGGUUGUAAAACAUAAAAAUUAUAACGAGACCAGUUCUUUGGAAUCAAUACUCGGUAUUGCUGCAGUUCCAUCAACUAACGUUGCUAAUCAAAUAAAUAUUCAAACAGCUACGCCUUCUUCAGUUGCUGCUGGAGCAGCAACUUCUUCAAUAACGAACGACGUAACUUAUAAUAGGUCUUGUUCUGCGUCUCCUCAAUCAAGCAAUACAAGUUUUACCCAAAUAAAUCUUAUGACACCGGAUGCAUUCAGUACUAAUUUAAAUGAUAAAAAAAAACCUGAUUGUGUUAGUUCAGAAGUGUUGAAUACGAUUUUAAUGUUAGCUGGUGUAGCGGGACAAACGCCAGCCCCAAAAGCAGAAAGUAUAAAUAUUUUGAACUUGGUAAAUAACAAAAUAAUCGAAGACCAAGAACAUCAAAAAUUACAAUUGAAACAAUCUUUAGAUCCACAGAAAAAGUUCAUAGUAAUCAGCCACAAUUCCGGUCGUAACGUUGACAAUGUAGCCAGUGGAGGUUCUAGUCCCAGCCGAGAGGUCCAAGAAAUAAUGUCUUUACAAGAAAAUGAAAGUGGCGAUGAUGAAUUGCUUGAAGAGACUGAUAGUACGGAAAAGAUGGAUAAUCAAACAAAGCCUACCGAAAUUGAUAAGACAGAAUUGAUUGCUCCUAAAUGUCAUUCAACGACCAGUAUUCCGAACUGGCCUAAAGGAUCAGAUACCCAUAAGGCUACACCAAAGCAAUCAACUGAGCUACAAAAUGCGGCUAGUUUAAUUUCGCAGGCAGUAAAUGCUUCAUCAAAUAUACUUAAUAAUAAUGUCGGUGCCUCUACUCUUAAUAGUACUGCCAGCGGUAGCAAUAACAAUUCGGAAGGUAAAGUGAUUGAAAGCAACACAGACAUGAUGGAGUUAAAUGGAAAAAUGAAUCAGUUAAUUGAACUUGUUAAAAUCCAGUCAAUGCAAAUAAACCAUUUACAAGCCGAAGUGAGUAGUAUGAGGAAGGCAAAUCCAAUGACAUCUACAAAGAGUAUGUCUGAAUUUUCAUUUAAACUUGAAAUGCAGCUAUCUAAACUAAUGGAACAAUAUCUAAAGCGUUAUGAAAAUGAACACAAAAAAAAGCUAUCUGCUUUUAUGGCCGGACGAGAUCAACAAAAUAGAGAGUUACGUGACAGUUUUAUUCAGAUUAUGAAUCAAUAUAUUUUGACACACUUUGGCGAAGUUGUAUCAAAAGUUAUUAAUAUUGAAAUUCAGCGUCAGUUGGUACCGAUGUUAUCUGCAAAAAUUGAUCAUGUGCAACAACAAUUACAAAUAGAUGUCAGUCAGAAGCUAAACACAUUUGAUUUAAUGCUGAAUGAAAAUAUUUCGCAAAUUUGUAAAAGCAAAAACAUAAUUGAUACUAUUGGUAAAUCCGUUUUGGUGGGUAUACAGGGAAGUUUAGAAGCUGCAUUUAUUGAGUCUAUGUCCAGUUCGUUAAUACCUGCUUAUGAAAAGUCAUCUCAACACAUGUUCAAGCAACUGCACGAUGCCUUUUGUGUUGGAAUAAAAGAAUUUAUGGAACAGUUUGAUAACUAUCUGCAACAUUUGCAACCUAUGCAAGACUCUACAGAAGAGGUGCUUAAUAAAUUUUCGGGCUUUCGUCAGCACUUGGAUUCCAUAUUACUCAAGCAUCGCAAUACUGUGACGGAAGCCAUGCUUGAGACAAGAAAGGAUGUGAAAGGACUAGAAAUAAUUUUGUCCCGACAAAUACAUGAAACUAUUCGUUCUGAGAUAAGGAGAUGUUUUGAAAAUCAAACAACUGCGAUACGUUCUCAAACUAAUACACCAGCUCCGAUGUAUGAUGCGAAAGACACUAUAAAACUAUUGCUCCAUCAAGGACAAUUUAAUAAAGCAUUUCAUCAAGCCCUGCUUGCAAAUGAUUUGAACUUAGUAGAAUACACCCUCAAAAACGCUGACCAUACCGCAGUCUUUACACCAGAUUGCUGUUUGGAACAGAAAGUUUUAUUAUCGCUUAUUCAACAGAUAUCGGCCGACAUGAGUAAUCACAAUGAAUUAAAGCAAAAUUAUUUAGCUGAUGCUUUACUCGCUAUUAAUCCAAUGGAUUCAAUUACGCGUGAACAUGCACCAAAAGUAUUGCAAGAAUUAUUCCGUAAUUGCCAAAUAUUUUUGGUAAACAAUCCUAAAAAUCAACAAUGCAGCAACGUGCGUAUGCUAAUGAAAGCUGUUCAAACAUAUAUGGAUCAAUUUUAAUCCACACUUUAUGUCCCCACUUCAUAAGCUAAAAUAACAUCACCAGCAAUUUUUAUUUCUGCCUACAAAAAUAUUAACUUAUAUAUCAAUUAAAUGGUCAUCAAUCAUAACUAAAUUUCGUUGAAAGAGAAUAUAGUAGAUUGAAGAUUGGCCAAAGAAAUUUUUGAAAAAUACAAAUAAAUUAAAAACUUAAAAUUGUUUCUUAAAGUGACGUAUUUUUGUAAAUUUUAUAGAACUCCAAUCAAUUAUUUAUAAGUAAUAAGUAGAGUAUGUAAUUGUGUUUUAAUACAUUUUUUUUUUUUGUAACUGUAUUAUCAUUUUUUAUUACGACUGUGAAGAAUAGACAUUUGCAUUUAGGAUUUUUUGAUGAUCCCACGUUUUUUUUUUAUCAAAAAUAUAAUACUAAUAUGUACAUUUUAUCAUACUACACUGUUUCUUUAAUUUUCAAUACGAAAUGACCGAAGCUCUGUACAGUUUGCUACAGUUCACUUUAAUAAGAACUGCACAUUGUCGAUUAUGGGUGAGCUGCUAUACAUAUAUUAAAAUAGUCAAAGAGUUAGAUAUGCGUGUUAGCGAUGAUAAAUACAUUUUUUAGUUAACUUCUUUCUUUCUUCGUUCUACAAUGACUCAUCUCUGUAAUUGAGUUUGGAUUAGAUUGGCUGUUGAUGUUCUUUAUCAUUUUCACAGAUAUCUUCUCGUUACUGACCUUGUCAUUAAAAAGCUUUGUCGAUUUAAAGUUUUCAAAAUAAUAACAAUAAAUUUACCACGCGACAAAAAUUAAA